AUGUCCGACCCGCGUCGAGGGGCCGAUGAGCCGGCUCAGAGUCCCACGACACCGCUACGGAGGGAGCGCGCACCCACCAUCACUAUCGAUACCUCCGCAGUGAGCUCGUCGAAUACGAAUGAGCCCCCGAUGCAGAUUCUCUCGGAUCCUCAACAGCCCUCGCUCCGGCUAAACACCGACACGGAGUCCCACGACGCUGGCGCACACCACAAUGGCUCCGGUUCCCCUACGGACAUGCGAUCCCCGGCAUCCCUGCGCUCCAAUGCCUCUUCCGAAGCUCGAGAUCGCGAUCAAAGCCGGCCAACCUCGCCCCAUAACAUCUCGUCCCCGAAGACCAAGGCCCCCGAGGCGCAUUCCCAUUUCUUGUCGGUGCCCGGCACCCGGUCCCGCGGGAAUUCGUUGGAAUCGGAAGACACUAGUCAAACCUCCAGCACCUAUGGCGGCGACACCUAUGUGCCUACUGCCUCGCAUGAAUCCCACUCCGAUGUGACCAAGAACACCAACAUCGACGACGAGGACGCUCUUACUCCGGACCCGGGCCGCGAAGAUGAAUUCGAGGUGGAGAAUAACAAGUUCGCCUUUUCCCCCGGCCAGCUCAACAAGCUCCUCAACCCUAAGAGCUUCGGCGCAUUCCGAGCACUCGGAGGACUACGAGGACUGGAAAAGGGACUGCGGACCGAUGUUCGGAGCGGAUUGAGCGUGGACGAGACUACGUUGGAUGGUGUUGUCGAGUUCAGUGAUGUAACAUCAUCAGAGUCGAUGGCCAAGGCCGCCUCGCCAACGGGACCUCCUCCCUCGGCCCCAGAAGGUGGAGCUUCUGCACCAGCAGCGGAUGGGUCAUUCGGGGACCGAAAGCGAGUAUAUGGCCAGAACGUGCUGCCAGAACGGAAACUCAAGACCAUUUGGGAACUGGCUUGGAUUGCAUACAAUGACAAAGUCUUGAUUUUGCUGACAAUUGCUGCGGUCGUCUCUCUGGCAGUGGGUAUCCCACAGUCACUCCAUCCAGCGAAACCUGGUGAGCCAGGUGUGGAAUGGGUGGAGGGUCUUGCCAUUCUUGUUGCUAUCAUCAUUGUGGUCACGGUUGGUGCUGCAAACGAUUGGCAGAAGGAACGACAAUUCGCCAAAUUGAAUAAGAAGAAGGAAAACAGACUGGUCCAGGUUAUUCGAUCAGGCAAGACCAUCGAGAUUUCAAUUCACGAUGUGCUUGUCGGCGAUGUGAUGCACCUCGAACCAGGUGACCUAGUCCCCGUUGAUGGUAUCCUGAUCGCAGGUCACGACGUGAAAUGCGAUGAAUCUUCGGCCACUGGUGAAUCUGAUCUCCUUCGAAAGACCCCCGGCGAUGAAGUCUACCGCGCACUCGAAAAGCACGAAGAUCUCCGCAAAAUGGACCCCUUUAUCAUCUCUGGCGCCAAGGUUUCCGAGGGUAUGGGAACCUUCCUGGUUACUGCUGUCGGUGUCCAUGCAACCCAUGGACGGACAAUGAUGUCUCUCCAGGAGGAAGGCGAAACAACACCCCUGCAAACCAAGUUGAAUAAGCUGGCCGAGUACAUUGCUAAGCUUGGUCUGGCCUCUGGUCUUCUCCUGUUCGUCGUGCUGUUCAUCAAGUUCCUCGUCCGCCUCAAGAACAUUGAGGGUGGCGCCGACGCCAAAGGACAGGCUUUCCUGCAGAUUUUCAUCGUCGCCGUUACUAUUGUCGUUGUCGCUGUACCCGAGGGUCUACCGCUGGCAGUAACCCUUGCACUCGCUUUUGCAACGACACGAAUGAUUAAAGAUAAUAACCUGGUGCGUUUCCUCAAAGCCUGCGAGACCAUGGGUAAUGCGACAACCAUCUGCUCCGACAAGACUGGUACUCUCACUGUGAACAAAAUGAGUGUCGUCUCUGCGACCCUGGGAACGACCUCGCGCUUUGGCGACAAAUCUGGCUCCAACCCGUCCGACCAAUCCGGUGAUGUUUCUGCUGCUGAAUUUGUGAAAACGCUGUCACCCUCCGUCAAGGAUGUCCUGAUGCAGUCGAUCGUCCUCAACUCUACCGCAUUCGAGGGAGAGCAAGAAGGCGUCAAGACUUUCAUUGGCUCCAAGACAGAGACCGCGCUUUUGACAUUUGCACGCGAUUACAUGGGCAUGGGACCCCCAGCCGAAGCCCGAGCAAGUGCCAAAAUCCCCCAGAUGUUCCCCUUCGACUCCGCUCGCAAGUGCAUGGCUGUGGUCGUUCAGAUGGAGAACGGAAAGUAUCGCAUGUUGGUCAAGGGUGCUGCCGAGAUCUUGAUGUCCAAGUCCACUCGAAUCAUUCGUGAUCCCACCGACGCCAUCAACGAGGCGCCCUUGACAGACGAGAACCGGUCUACGCUGGACAAUAUUCUGACAACCUACGCCAACCGAUCGCUGCGAUGCAUUGCUCUUGUCUACCGUGACUUCGAGCAGUGGCCCCCGCGUGGAGCACCCACUUCCGAAUCCGAUCGCACCCAGGCAGCCUUCGAGCCCAUCUUCAAGGAUAUGACGAUAAUUGGUCUUUUUGGUAUUCAGGAUCCUCUUCGGCCCGGUGUUGCAGAGGCGGUGCACACGUGUCAGCGUGCUGGUGUCUUCGUUCGCAUGGUCACUGGUGACAACAUCAUGACUGCCAAGGCUAUUGCUCAGGAGUGUGGUAUCUACACGCCGGGUGGUAUUGCUAUCGAAGGCCCCAAGUUCCGCAAGCUGAGCACGCGUCAAAUGAACCAGAUUCUUCCUAGACUGCAAGUUAUCGGCCGAUCCAGCCCUGAUGACAAGAAGAUUCUCGUGAACGCUCUGAAGAAGCUUGGCGAGACUGUUGCCGUUACUGGUGACGGUACCAACGAUGCCCAGGCUUUGAAGAACGCCGAUGUUGGUUUCGCCAUGGGUGUGACUGGUACCGAGGUAGCCAAGGAAGCAUCGGACAUCAUCUUGAUGGACGAUAACUUUGCAUCCAUCGUCAAGGCCAUGUCCUGGGGCCGCACUGUCAGUGAUGCAGUGAAGAAGUUCCUUCAAUUCCAAAUCACGGUCAACAUCACCGCUGUGUUCCUUACUUUUGUCUCGGCAGUUGCUAGUAGCUCGGAGGACUCUGUCCUCAGUGCUGUGCAGCUACUUUGGGUUAACCUGAUCAUGGAUACCUUCGCUGCCCUUGCACUUGCAACAGACCCGCCAUCGCCUUACGUUCUUGACCGCCGACCGGAAUCCAAAGCUGCUCCGCUGAUCACUCUUACCAUGUGGAAGAUGAUUAUUGGACAGUCUAUCUACCAGCUGGUUGUUACAUUCGUGCUGAACUUUGCUGGCAAGUCGAUCUUCCCUUGGGACGAUGAGCACAUGCAAACCGUGGUCUUCAACACUUUCGUCUUCAUGCAAAUCUUCAACCAGUACAACUCCCGUCGUAUUGAUAACAAACUCAACAUUUUGGAAGGAAUCUGGCGCAAUAAAUGGUUCAUUGGCAUUCAGAUCCUUAUCAUUGGAGGUCAAGUUCUGAUCAUCUUUGUCGGUGGUGCUGCCUUCUCGGUCAAGCGUCUUGAUCAGGGCUCCCAGUGGGCCGUCAGUCUUGUUCUGGGUGCUCUCUCGUUGCCCAUCGCUGUGGUCAUUCGCCUUAUCCCCGAUGAAUUCGUCAGCAAGCUUGUCCCACACGCCUGGCACGGCCGUCACCAGAAGAAGGGCCCUGAGCUGGUCAUCUCGGACGAGAAUCGCCGCUACGAUUGGAACCCGGCCUUGGAAGAAAUCCGCGACCAGCUGCAGUUCAUCAAGACCGUUCGUGGUGGGCGUCUGCGACAUAUCCGCCACAAGCUGCAGCACCCGCAAGAGCUCUUGCCUCGAUCUCGCAGUGGUUCCCGCUCUCGUGAAUCCUCUAUUCCGCCUACACCGAACGCUGCUGCCAUGGCGGGUGUCGUGGCUGGUAGUAUUGCCGGCUGGUCUCCCAUUGAGCGGAACCAUGAUGAAGCCGACUCAAUUACCUUCCCCACCAACGCUGCGCACGGCGGUCUGGAUGGACAGCAGGGUAUCGAGAUUCACCCGGAUACUGCGGCCGAUGACCGCGUCGUCAGCGAAUACUCCACCAACUCCAAGAAUCCUCCUAGUCAAAAUCCGGACCUGAUUCCGUUCUUUGAACAUGCUCCCCCGGCGACUGCAGAGCGAGCGCCGUCGAGUCGAGGUCGCCGAUCUUUCUCCCAGCGAUCUCACACGAGUCAAAGCCAGUCGCAGGUGUAA